AUGCUGUUAACAGUCACACAGAAUGUUCGCGCAGCCAACAACCGACAUCAAGCACACAACAACGAACACCGACGCCCCGAGAGACCUACACAAAUCCUCGACGUCAAUGUCUGGGGAAGCGGCGAAAACAGCGAACUAGGCCUCGGCCCCCGUGUCACCGGCGCCCCGAGACCUCGUGCGCAAAAGCUUCUACAAGCCUAUGACAUUGUCCAGAUCUCCGCCGGGGGCAUGCAUUGCGCCGCAUUCACCAACGACGGCGAGGUGUUGACGUGGGGUGUCAACGACGACGGGGCACUGGGUCGAGUAAAGCCCUCAGAUGCACCAGAGGAGGGUCCGCAAGACUUGCUGGAUCCGUUCGAGAGUACACCUGGGCCGGUGCGUUUCGAAGAUGACCUCGAUAUCGUCCAGGUUGCGACGACUAAUAGCGCAUGCUUCGCUCUCACUUCCGAAGGAUCUGUGUACGGCUGGGGUAGUUUUGCUGGAGGAGACGGCAACUUUGGCUUCCUAUACGACAAGCCACCUCAAACUACCGAACGUCAUCCCGUGCCUAUUCCCGGCCUGAAUAAUAUUGUGGAACUAGCCGGCGGCGCCAACCACGUCCUCGCUCUCACCCGAGACGGCGAUGUCUUUGCCUGGGGUUCUGGCGAACAAAACGAACUAGGCAGACGCCUACUCGCCCGCCGUCGCUUCGAGAGCCUCAUCCCCCAGCGCGUAGGUCUACCCAGACACCAGACAGCCAAGAUCUUUGUGGGAUCGCAUCAUAGCUUCGCCAUCGAUGUCCGUGGAAAAGUCUGGGCCUUUGGGCUGAACAACUUUGGCCAGUGCGGUGUCCCGACACGGGAGGAUACUGGCUUUACGACAAUCAUAUCGCCGACAAUCGUCAAGAGCCUCAAGGGGCACUCGAUCCACCACAUCGCCUGCGGCCUUCACCAUUCCAUUGCUUGUACCAACGAAGGGAAAGUCUUGGUUUGGGGCCGGUGCGAUGACGGCCAAAUGGGCAUCGAUCUGAACGCCGUACCUCACGAGGACAUCAUCUUCGACGCGAGAGGGAGACCAAGAGUACUAAACGUACCGACCGUCGUUCCUGUACCAAGCGUCGACUAUGUGGCGGCUGGAAUCGACAAUUGCUUCGCAGUUUCUCAAGGUGGUGACGUAGUUGCCUGGGGGUUCUCAGCCAGCUAUAACACCGGACUUGGGACCACUGAUACCGUGAGAGAACCAACCGAGAUGCGUCGCAGUGGUGCUCUGAUGUUCGUCGACGCGGGCGGCCAGUUCGGUAUCUCAGCAGGGCCACGCUUGCGUUGA